GCUAUAAUGUGCAUUGGAGGGACUUUAUCUAUGCCCUACCUUAUACCAGGAUAUAUUUGUGCCGAAGGGAACUAUGACGUCACAGCCCAGCUGAUGAGUAUAACUCUAUUCAUGUGCGGUAUAGCAACAAUUCUUCAGACUUUAUUUGGUAUCAGACUAGGUAUUGUGCAAGGAGGUUCAAAUUUAUACAUUUUGCCAAUCGUUGCUAUGAUGUCUUCUGACAAAUGGAAAUGUCCCAACUCAGAAGACAGCCAUCUGCAGAACAGCACAAUCGCUGGAGACAAAGAUGAAGUUUGGCAACUCCGGAUGAGAGAAAUCCAAGGUAAUCUUAUCGUCGCUUCUAUCACUCAAGUUAUACUGGGGUGUACGGGUAUAAUUGGCAUUUUACUGAAAUUUGUGGGUCCACUCACAAUAGCUCCAACAAUCACCCUCAUUGGUCCAAUGCUUAUUGGUGUUCUGAUACAACUGAACAGCAAACACUGGGGCGUGGCAUUUUUGUCCAUGGGUUUGACACUAUUGUUCAGUGGAUACCUUGCCAACUUUAAUCCACCAAUUCCAGGAUGGUCAAUGGAUCGCCAUUGUCAUAUAGUGAAAUUCCCAAUAUUUCAGUUAUUUUCGGUAUUACUAAGUAUAGGAGUUGGAUGGUUCUUCUGCUAUACACUGACUGUCUCGGAUGUGUUUGCAGACAAUAUUACGGACGUUAAUUACGUGGUUCGGACAGACGCCAAACUUGAUGCUGUGUUUAAUGCACCCUGGUUAUAUUGGCCAUAUCCCUUCCAGUUUGGUAUACCGACUGUAAGUUCUGUUGGUUUUGUCGGGUUUCUGAUCGUGACUUUGGUUUCGGUUCUCGAAUCAGUUUGCGAUUAUCAUGCAGCAGCCCGGAUGUCGGGAGUUCCUCCCCCUCCCCCGCAUGCCGUUAACCGCGGAAUAGCUAUGGAGGGUUUUGCCAGUAUUAUAUCUGGUAUGGUUGGUGCUGGACAUGGUACUACUUCUUACAGUCAAAACAUAGGUGCAAUUGGAAUCACGAGGGUUGCAAGCCGAGCAGUGUUUUUAACGGCGGGCAUCAUACUUCUGGUCAGUGGUGUGGUUGGGAAAUUUGGGGCUGUACUUACAAUUAUACCGGAUCCCGUUGUUGGGGGAGUAUUGACAGUAUUGUGUGGUAUGAUAAUGGGCUCAGGCUUAUCAACAUUACAAUUUAUCGAGUUAGACUCCACAAGAAAUUUGACAGUAUUGGGGACAUCGCUUAUUGUAGCUUUAAUGAUGCCAGAAGUUUUUAAAGACACAGAAAUGGCGGCUAAGUUUAAAACGGGAUAUUCUGAUUUAGACCAGAUUGUACAGCUUUUGUUCGGGACUUCAAUGUUCCUCGGAGGAUUUAUUGGCUGCAUAUUAGACAAUACAAUACCAGGCACAGACAAGGAAAGAGGACUUCUUUCAUGGCGUGCGAUAUUAAAAGACAAUUCCGAGAACCCAAACCAUUCCGUGGAUAUUUACAAAUACCCGUAUGUAACAAAAUUUAUUGAACGAGUAAAAUGUUGUUCAUAUAUACCAAUAUCUCCAACAUUUGACAAGGAAGUAAAAUGUUCUUGCUGUUACCCCAAAGUUGAAAAUGACUAUUUCGAGACAGAUGAAAAAGGGGAAAAAUUAGUAAGAAAAGUUGCAGCGGAAAAUAACGUGAUGGAAAUGGACAAAAAAGAAACUUGAAUAUUAUAACACUUAUCUGUUUAACAGUUAAAAGAUCAUGUGAUGAAUUUACCCGUUUCUCACAAUUUAGCUCUUAUAUGCUCAUUAAAACACAUUGGAAUCAGUGACACCCCUAAGGACUUUUGAGUGGGCAUAAAAAUUAUGCAUAGUUUAAUGGUUAAGAAAUCUAAACGCUAUCUCUUUCAUAACGACCACUGUUUUCCCUUGUUGUGUGAUAAAUGCACAAAUAAGUAUGCCCAUAAUGUUACAUCUACUCUUAUAAACUAAAAGACGAGAUAUGGCCAGAAAAUCAAAAUACCUCUUUUAAACAAGCAACAUCCACCUUCAAAACAACUGGAGGUGUUCACUUGAAACUUAAGACAAGUAUCCGGGAUCCUAACCGGAAGUCACUGACCAAGGCCCAAAUCUCUUGGCAAAAUAUUACCCUUUGUGAACUUAACAUUUUUUGGUCAUAACUAUGCCAUAUAUUUUGUUUACUAUCGGGUAUUAAAAAUAGUGAAGCAUGUUUUUCUUACUGACAGCUCUUGUUUGUACUUGUUUUUGUAUAUAUUUAAAUAAUAAUUAUUUUUUUGUUCCAUUUUUCUCAAGAAAGCUAAACUUGAAUUUUUGUUUCGUAUAGAU